CCGGAGGAAACGUCCUCUCCCUUUAACAGUCCGAUUCCUCCAGCGGAAGUGGGCGCUGAGAUACCACAGAGGCCUUUGAAGCAGGACCAGCUAAGGGAAGGCUCGCUAGAAACAGAGGCAGGGAGCAUCCUGGAUGUCUCUAUCUAUUGCCCACCUCUCUCGGUCUGAACGAAUCUCUUCCCCAUUUGCUUCAGCGAAGAUAAGGCCGGCACCAAACCAGACCAGAGGCCCAUCUAGGCCGGCCCCCCGUUUCCUACCUUGGCCAGCUAGGUGUCUCUUGGAAGUUGCUGAGUGAUCCAUCAAAAAGGACGCGGCCGCUGCAGGAUUCUGCCCAGAGAUCCUUGUGGAGGAAGGUCAUGGAAAAGGUCUGUGAGAUCGUGGUGACUCUUGAUGAUGACAGAUGGGAGAACGCAACAGAACGACAGGGGUAUGAAAAUGCAACAGAGGGAAAGGAAACAGACGUCAGUCGGAUUGAGCGAAGCCUUUAUAACGAGGAGAAGCCCUAUAACUGCUUGGCCUGUGGAAAAAGCUUCCACCACCGUACACUCCUCACGAGACAUCAACAGAUACACAUGGGGAAGAAGCCACAUAAAUGCUCCGAGUGUGGAAAGAGCUUUAGUCAGAAGUCACAUCUCACUUGUCACCAGAGAAUUCACACGGGGGAAAAGCCAUAUUCAUGCAUGGAGUGUGGGAAGAAGUUCCAUCAGAAGGUGCAACUUGCUUCCCAUCAAGCAAUUCACAUGGAGAAGGAAUCGUAUCCAUGUUUGGAAUGCGGGAAAUGCUUCAGUCAGCAGAUAUACCUCACUUCUCAUCAAAGGAUUCAUACAGGGGAGAAGCCGCAUAAAUGUAUGCAGUGUGGGAAAAGCUUCAGUGCCAGGAGCAACCUGAGCACCCAUCGAAAAAUUCACACAGGCGAGAAACCCUAUAAAUGCCUUGAGUGCGAGAAAGGUUUUGUGAAGAAAUCAGACCUUACUGUCCAUCAAAGAGUUCACACUGGAGAAAAGCCGUAUCAGUGCUCCGAUUGCGGGAAGAGCUUCAGUGAAAAGCAAAAUUUCAAUAAACAUCAAAGAGUUCACACAGGGGAGAAGCCGUACGAAUGCUUGGCAUGCAGGAAGAGGUUCAGGCAGAAGACACACCUCAAAGAGCAUCAGAUGAUUCACACCAGGGGGGAAAACCACACACGUGCUUAGAAUGUGGGAAGCACUUCCGUCU